GGUCGGGACCCCAGAGCAGAGAAGGCUCAGCCAGGAGAAAGGUGAAGAAGAUGAAGAAGCUGGUGGUGUUGUUGCUGUGCGUGGUCCUGCUGACCCUCUACACAGAGGCCAACCCUAUCAUCAAGGAGAGCUUUGCAAAGCAGCUGCUCCGCAGCAAGAGGCAGGAACGGCCAGUGAAGGCUGGCCACCCCGAUGAGCCAAUGAGGGAGCAUCUGCUCCACAUGCAGGUUCUGGAUCAGAGGGCCCAGGAGAUCAACCUGGAGCACUGGCUGAACCCCCAUUGCUACCCUCGAUGUGACAGGAACUACGGAUACCCCGUCUGAUCACGGCGAUUAGUGUAAAGGACCAGAGGUGACAACAUGGACUCAACAAUGAAAACUCCUGUAGAAUAAAAAGAUGGACUCUCUUGUACAUGUAGAGGUAUAUCAGUGGGUAGAGAAGGCGCACAUUUGCGUUGACGCAGAGGUUAGGGGUUCGAGUCCCAUCUGUGAAGAUUUCCUGCAUGUCCCCCCCCCCCGAAACCAAGCCGUCCUUUCCAAUAACGGCGGAAAACCCCCCAAAAAAUCU